GGCCCAUAAGAGAUCCGGAUUCGCUCUCACUUGUCACUUCCCAGGAGGAGCAGCACGAGCCGCACAAAGGUUGGUAGGAGCCGAGGAGAGAGUGGGGAACUGCCAUGGCGACGGCGGCCGGCGGCGGGAGCAUGAUGACGAGGGAGCAGCUGCUCCACCUCUUCUCCCGCUUCUCCUUCCUCACCUCGCUCCCAGAGUUCAAGGACCGAAUCGCCGACGCCGUCAGUGACAAGCAGGAGGCUGUGGCGGUGACCACCGAGGUGCAAGAGGAGAUCCUUCGCGAGAUGGGGAUCGAUCCAGGUUUUGGUAUUAGUUGUCUGGGAAAGGUGAACGUCGUGUAUGAGAAUGACAUGGAUUUGAUGAUUAAAUUCUACCAAUUUGUUGCCAAAGAAGAGAUGGCUAUUGAUGAGGCCGAGCUUGAGCCUCUAGAGUUUGCCGAGAAAAUGCACAGUCAACAGGAAUUGCAACAACAGCAACUGGAGAUGUUGGUUCAAAUUAGAAAAUACAGCCCCGAGAGCCAAUCUGUCAUACUUGAGACUUUGCACAAGCAGUUGGAGAGUGCUGAUUUCGAUACCAGUGCGUCAAUCUUGACUCCGGAGCAGAUCCAAGGGAUUGUUGAGAAAUAGUUCACAUGUAUGACUAGAUGAGAGAUUUACAUCCCAUCCAGUCUUCUCCCUCUACUAUAGCUGAUGGUUGUAUUCCGCCCAUACACCAAGCAUAUAAUUGCCAUCCAGCUUUACUUCAUGUAAUCUGCACUUUGCUACUCUCAUUGUAAAGAAAUAUAAGAGCGUUUAGAUCACUCAAACGCCCUAACGCUCUUAUAUUUCUUUAGAGGGAGUAAGUGAAGAGACUACAACAGGUGUUCUACAGUACUUAAUAUUAUCUGUAUUUUGCCACCAGAAAGGCUAGAAA